CCAUGACGCACUCAACACUAAGCCACUCGCCAUCACCAAUCUGCCCUGAUAACGACUCUCUCAUCAUCUUCACACGACUUCCAUCAUCUAAUUACUGCUUCGUAUUAUUUUCGCAAACAUCACCAUAUCCCACAGCCCAUCAAAUUUCGCGAGAUAACACCGUGCGAUGAGAUUCUCUACCGUCACCGCAUGUCUGACGGCAUGCCUGGCCCCAGCGGCUGCUCUGAGCGUUCUCAAUGGCAAGGCUCCCGAUGUUACUAUCAGCGACGACCUCAAGAUUCCCGGCGACUCUCCCCUCGAACUGUGCCCCGGAGACCAUACUGCCGACCUGAUCAGGAUUGACAAGGUCGACCUUGCUCCUAACCCUCCCAAAGCUGGCCAGGAACUCUUGAUCAAGGCUAAGGGAAUAGUCAAGCAGAAGAUUGAGCAGGACGCUUAUGUUCUUCUGACUGUCAAGUAUGGACUUAUUCGCCUUAUUAGCACCAAGGCCGAUCUGUGCGAGCAGAUUGGCAAUGUCGACCUGAAGUGUCCCGUCGAGGCUGGUGAAGUCGAGAUCACCAAGACUGUAGACCUUCCUGCCGAGAUCCCUCCGGGCAAAUAUACUGUUCUGGCCGACGUCUUCACCGCCGAUGAUGUCCAAAUUACCUGCCUCACGGCAACUGUCACUUUCUCUCGUAGCAGCAAGGGCUUUUUCGGCAGCGAUCUGUAAUUGGGACUACGGCGCAUUCAUAACAUACACAUGAUGGCAUGACUUAUCGUUGGGCACGUUCUCAUGGGGUUCUCGGUUAACGUUUGGUUUGGCGAAUCUUCUAGCUCUUCUCGAGCAACCUGCAGCGGCUUUAAAUCUAUUUAGCAUAUCUGAUAAUGAGUCCAUUGCAUCGUACUCUACCCUGCAUCUGUGUAAUAGGAACUGCCCUGCACAACAUGAAGUCGAAGAAGAAGAAAAAACGCAAUGCUGGCCUCAAAUCAUGUACGGCCAUGCUCACUGCUGCCUCUAUACCAUGCUCGCUCCAUUAUCCCGAAACAAAUCCUUGCGCCCAGUGAAACGACGUCCCCUACUCUCCAAAAAGGCGUCGCACUCGUCUCAAUACACUAUCCUUCUCAGGGUCGUAGGGGUGGUCUUUGCUUGGGAUCUCCAACACAGCAGGGAAAGCCGCGGUAUAGGUGUCAAUGCGAUGUCGGAUUCGGUCGGCGAUCUUCAGGAGAGUUAGUUCAGCGGCAAAAAGAAUCGGAACGUUGUCUAACAUGUUGAUUGAUGAGUACGAUGC